GAGAGAAGUAGAUCAUAUUUAACAAUCGUCUAUUUGAAAUGGAUGCCUUGGAGACAAAGAGCACUGACAGUUAAAGUGGGAUUAGAUAGAGGGAGUGGUACACUGACAAGAAAGACCAUAGACAUGAAGAAAUCAAUAGGGGAAGGAUGUCCAUGUCCAGACAUGAUGGAUCAUGAUGAGUCCUCAUUAUCACUCUGGCACUGCCUAGCUACGUUCUCUCUCACAGAUAUCUGCUCCUCUGACUCGAAUAGAAAACACAGAAACAUAUUAAGCAGCCAGGCUGAACGCAGCGGUCGCUAGCUUUACCCAUGUCAAGACAUAACAUUCUCUCAUUUAACUUAUGAGUUCAGAAACAGUUGUCGCUUACCUGAAUUGACCUUAUUGCAAGUCAUAUUUUUCACCCUGUCAGACUUAGCUGCAGUAAUAAAUUCAAGCAGAGUCAACAUUAUAUGAUGUUUAGAACAGGUCUGAGGGCUUACAGGGUUACGCAGUAAGAUAAGACUUGGCUGACUUGGCAUUUUCACAGCAAUAAACAUCAUGAUGAAUGACUGAGUUCAUGGGAAUAGAUCCCCCUGAAGCAAUGUAAACAUAAAAAUGGCUUGGUGCACAUUAGACUGGGGGUUUGUGUUCCAACUUGGUCCAAUCGCUUUUAGUAAGAAAUGUUGUUAAGCAUUAAACUGUCUAAGAAUUCACUUAUUAAUGUUUUUAUAAAAUAUUCUAAUCUGUCGUUUGAAAAUAUUGAAUCUUUGCUGUUUGUAUUAUUAUUACAUAAUUUAUAUGGAAGAUAAUUUGCUGUGUUUGUGUUUUUCAUGUGUGUGCCUGGGUGUGUGUAUGCUGUGGGUAGGGCAGUUGUAGAAUUUCUGUUACGUUUAUGCAAGCAAUUCAAAGGUCGUUUGUAGCAGCAGCGCUAUAUUUGCUAUCGAAGGGGCCAUCCAAGGUGAAGCCAAGCAGUUUCCUUCUUCGCUCUGUUUGUCUCUCAAACAUGUAUCCAUGUUGCUGGGUCAUCAUGACCAGGGCUGUGCUGCUGCACGGCUCUGAUAUAGCGUGUUGCAGUGCUGUAAAGUUAGCAACGGUUCAUAGCAUUGCUGAAGGUGCACAUGCUGGUCUGGGAAAGGCGAUUUCUCUACGCAGGGUGUGGUGAGUUACCCUGCCUGUGCGAUAAGAGCAGAAUGGGCCCCCGGGACCCAAAUAAUUAAGAUUCCCCCAGCAAACCCUGUACAAUGGAUUCACCAAAAAUAGUAGCCGCUGGCAGCAAUACAAAGUUCGGAAUAAAAAAGAAAACAACCCGUAAUCUCUUCUGCAUGUAAUAGACGGGAAAAUAUGAAAGUGAAAUUAUAUUAUACUAUGUUAUUAUCACAGCACGCAAGUUAACAUCUGUGUGAGAUCAUCACUGGAUAGCUGCCAUGAUGGCCCAUGAAAUAAAGAAUAAUGUGAUCCAGGAUCUUUUGCGAAAGGUUGUUUGUUUGAAAGAAACCCAUCAUAUGUUCAUGUCAUAGAAAUACUGAACAGUUAUUAGUUGAGUCUGUGUGUCUCUUUCUCCAGUAGCAGGCAGGUCAGCCUCCUCCCCCUGCUCUCACCUGGCGCUCAGCCCAGAAUGUUGCAGCAACUCUGCUAGCUCUCAUUGGUCCUCACACCACUGUGCGAGAAGGGAAAUGACUAACCUCUUCUCCCUCAUGCCCUGCCUCGACUUCCCCAUUGCUUUCACUCUUCCUUUCUUUCACCUCUAAGCACACUUGCGAUGGCCGGCUUUGCUGUAUUCGAAUAGGAAGUGCCUUCCCUGAUGUCUGCUGCAGCUUUGACCUGCUUCUACAGCUGAAGCACCACCCAGCUCCCUCCCCCCCGCCUUGCACGCUUGCUGCCACAGAAACACAAGUGCAAGGACGACAACCACACCCUCCUCGCAGCCUACGCUCCGACCCGCUCGUCCUCUCACCAUCAUCACCAUCCACUCCUCGCAGCAGGGCCCCAUCCUCAACUCUCCUUAAACAACGGCCCAGCUCCCCAACUGCUCUCCACCAGCUGACCAGCCUUACCACAGCAGCUCGACACACCACCAGGCCCACGCAGCAUCUCACACACCUUGCCUUUAACCUUCGCCUUUGACCCUGUAAGCCUCCACUUGGUCCUCAGUGUCCUUAACCUUCCUGUAUCAGGCUACACCCAGAAUAUCACCUUUGUUGCCUGCAUCACUGCGCCAAACCUGAGGGCUCUCGCUUUGGCCUGUCCGUCUGCUUGCCGCCUCGGCUUGUGAACGGUGUAGAUGAGACUGUUCAGCCAGCAAUAAACAGUGAGAGAGGAAAGUCAAGCUGAGACUGGCAACUUAAUUGUUAGACCAAGUCGUCUCCUGGAUAUAAUCACUUCGUCAGUGGUUGUCUAAUAAGGAAAAUGAUCCAUUAACAUCCCCAGCGAAACAUUGUGCUGUAACAUUUCACUUUGGACAAGGAGCUGUCUCAAUCAAUAGGAACUUUUUUUUUUUGAAUGUUUCAUUUCAACUUGACACACAAGUAUCACAGACUUUAACUGCACCCACAAGUCAACAAAAAAAAGACCUUAAAGUUGUGGAUUAAAACACUAGAGGUACUUUAUUCACGCUUUAACCGAUCUCCUCUCAGAAUACAUUUUGCCAGCGUGUUGCCAUGGCAAUGAACAUGGCACAUAUCCGUGACACAAAGUGGCUGACACUGGAAGUAUGUAGGGAGUUCCAGAGGGGCACGUGCUCACGCUCUGACCAGGAGUGCAAGUUCGCUCAUCCCGCCAAGAGCUGUCAGGUGGACAACGGACGGGUCAUUGCUUGCUUCGACUCACUCAAGGGCCGUUGUUCAAGGGAGAACUGCAAGUAUCUGCACCCUCCUCCCCACCUAAAGACCCAGCUGGAGAUCAAUGGCAGGAACAACCUGAUCCAGCAGAAGAACAUGGCCAUGCUGGCACAGCAGAUGCAGCUCAAUGCCAUGAUGCCCGGCACACAGCUACCGCCUAUGGUGAGAGGACACACAAGUAUGAACACAGCACAGCUACUGCACACGCCCAUGUUCUCGAUGGCGCCAGGCCUGGCCACCAAUGCCAGUGCAGCAGCAGCAGUCGCAGCCGCGGCCUUUAAUCCCUACCUGAGCCCUGUGUCACCAGGCCUGAUGCAGCAAGAGCUCCUACCCAGCACCCCUGUCCUCAUGGCGUCAAACCCCAACGUCGGCCAAGUUCCCAACGCUGCCGCUGCUGCUGCCCAGAAACUGCUGAGAACAGACAGACUUGAGGUGUGUCGGGAGUACCAGAGGGGCAACUGCUCCCGGGGCGAGGACGACUGCCGCUUCGCCCACCCCGCCGACAGCACCAUGAUCGACACCAACGACAACACCGUCACCGUGUGCAUGGACUACAUCAAGGGCCGCUGCUCCCGGGAAAAGUGCAAGUACUUUCACCCGCCAGCCCACCUGCAGGCCAAAAUCAAGGCGACGCAGCACCAGGUGAACCAGGCCACAGCCGCCGCAGCCAUGGUGAGCAGUCUGUACGAGCGCGGGCACGCACUCUUUCACACCCCCACAACAGCCAUGUACUCAACUCAGUCGGCUGUCAAAUCACUGAAGCGACCCCUCGACGCAACCUUUGACCUGGGCAUCGCCCCUAAUGUCAUGGCUCCCAUGCCUAAGCGGGCAGCCCUGGAGAAGGCCAACGGGGCCUCUGCCAUGUUUAACACUGGCAUGCUCCAGUACCAACAGGCGCUGGCCAACAUGCAGUUUCAGCAGCAGGCUGCUUUCCUCCCAUCAGGCUCAAUAUUGUGCAUGACACCUGCAGCCGGCGUUGUUCCCAUGAUGCACGGUGGUAAUCCAGCCGCUGUGUCUGGAGCCUCCACAUCUGCCACAUCUCCCUUCGCAACUGCCUCCGCCAAUCAGGACUCUUCCUUAUCAAAGUUGACUACCAACGAAUACAUGCAAUUGAUUCCAAUAAUAUCUGCAGAUCAUCUGAGUAGUCACAAGUACUUGACUCAAAUGUAGUUCCUCUCAAGAACAAUCAAAUGAAUGUGUGCUGGCACCGUCCAAGCCAAAAGAGUUCAGCCUUUAUGUACAUAACCUUCAGAAUGUCAAAGCAAUGGGACGAGGAGGGUCUGCCAUCUCUUAGCCGGUCCACAAAGCUGGUCUCAUCACACACGUAAACAUCAAGGGUGCAACACACGAUCUGUGCCAUGUUCCCACAUAUCAAUGUCAAGAAGAAUUUGUUAUCAAAUUCAACGUCCAGCCGAGAGAAGAGGAUGUUCUUGGUGCCGGGGUCAGUGCGUCUCCCCUCAGUGGGAAGCGUUCACAUUACACCUUUGUGUCUGACUCAGUCAUAGCACUCAAUUUGUUCUAAUCGUUAACAUUACUGCACGCACAGAAGGUCAAGAGCGUGGUUGCAUGAAGCAACAUCCAGUGCUGGUACGUUAGUAGACCAAGAUUUAUCUUUCCUUUUUUAUUUGUUCUGCUUUAUUUUUAUUUCUUUGUUUAAUCGAUAGCCAUAUUUCAUAGUUUACAAGUGAAACGCAAACAUGCACCUUGAAUUUCAAUUGAAAUCUGAAUGGCACAAUGAUUUUAACAGGAAUUUUUUUUCUCGCCAAAAGAAUUAGGCAUGUACAGUAUUGUGUUUUUACUGCUACUAGUGAAACUAGAUGUUGAAAUGAGGGUCUUGGACAUAUGAAUGUUCUGGGUAAACCAACAUACCUGUGUACCUUGAAAGCACAGCCAGGCUAGCUUUUUCUCACCUUGUCAUGUGCCAUCAUGGCCAUACAGCUAAAACCAGAGUGUUAUCUCAGCAGUGUUAUAUGUUUACCGAAGGUAAAAGUUUUAUAUGGCUCUUUUUUUGUAUUGUUUUCGUUUUUUAACUUUAAUCUAAUUAAUCAGUUUUAGAAGUGGGGUUUUGCCAUUUUCUUGUUUUUGAAAUUAAAAAUUGAGGGGGUUUCUAAAGUUUAUCAUACCUCUUUUCUAGUACUAGUGUUAUGUUUUUUUUUUCAUUUUUAUUGGGAUUAAGCUGUUGCUCAAGUCCAUUGACUCUAAAGCCUGGUGAAGUAGAGGGUGUAGCUUCAGUUGACAUCGUGUUACCUUGUUCCCGCUCUUUAAAAGAGAGGCGACUCUGAAACUGUGUCUCCAAGAAGCACUGUUGAGCCAUGUGUAGAUAGGAAUUUAAAACAACAGACCCAAAGGUCUAUCGGUCAUUUUAACCACAUGUGCACUUGAACAACUGUUUGUCGGAUCACCCUGUUCUCAUUUCUCACCCCAUUUUAAGCCCACUUUCAUUUUUUGAAGAAAUACAAAACAUCAUAUGACUCUGAAUUGUAUUUCAGGCAAAACAUGAAGGUCGUCAUUCACUUGUAGAUCUGACUAUGGAUACCAAAGCACAGUUUUUCUUCAUAAUCGUAUUCACAAAAGUUUAUAGAAGCAUCUCUCCUGAGGCUCAAACAUUUAAGGAAACAUGUUUAUCAUCCGUCAGUUUUUUAUGAUCACUUCCUGUUCUGUUUUCACAGAGGUGUGUAGUGUGUCUUUACCGAUUGUAAUGUACCUAACAAAGCCUUAGAUUACAAUUAAUGGGUCCCGACCCAAUCAAAUGUACUUUCAAUCACCAUGCAGGUAAAGAACACCAAUGACGUUUUAUGGUUCUCUCACGUGCCGCUUAUGAUCUUUUUUUUUUUAGUUCAUUCUCUCUAUGUAAAAGUAACAAUUACUCUCUUAAAUUUCAUUCAACUUAUGUGUUAUGUACUACUUAAGGAUUUGAAUCUAUUUGAGGUAUGUAGUUGUAGAUUUUUUCGUUUUUUUUUUUUUGCCUUACUAUAUAUUACUUGACAACAUUGAUAUAGCCGUUGUAGAUUUUGAGGUAGUAUGACAUUCAUAACUUUUUCAAACCAUAUAAAUGAUAAUGUGUUGAGUCAGUUUUAAAUAUUCACUUCAUUCAUAUAGCUGGACGUCUUUUUCAGUUGAUGUUACAUUAUCACUUAAUUUUGUUGAUGAAAGACUUUUUUUGAUACAAGGAAUGAGAUCAGUUAAUUUGCUGCCACUGCAGCAUCAAAACAACUAAUGUUUGAACCUUAAAUUUUCCUUGUAAAAUGUCAAGAUCACAUUUGAAAAUAUAUUGUAUUGAGAUAUAGAUUGUCCAUGUUUAAGAGUACAAAUUAUUUUCUACUGUAUCCAUUUCAAAAAGAUAUGUACUUUUGUUGGAAUAUUUCUUAAGUUUGCCCUGAAUGUCAGGCCAAAACGAGCAGUGAAAUUGACGGGUGUCUGGAUGUUAGUGAGAUUAGGAGCGAGAGAGAAACAGACUUUUCCGGACUGGAGGAGUCACGAAAUGCUGCAGACGAUGAGUUCUAACCUAAGGGACGAAGGUUGACUUUUUGCACUUCUGUAUAUAGUCAAAUGAACAGAGAAAAAAAAUGUGUAUCAUAUUGAGAUAUUAUUUUGAAUAAAAAAAAUAUCUAUAAUUAUAAGGAAUUUUGUUAGAUUAAUUUAAAUUCUUAAAUUAGAAGACCAGCUAAAAAAAUUGCUUGCAAAGAAGGGCACUAGUUUCUUGGCCAAAUGCAUUCAGAGAAAGCUAUGCGCUUUUUGUCUUAUUUUAUCAGUGGCUAGUAUUGCCAGGGAAUGUUGUCGGGGAGUAGACAUCCCCAUGUCAUGCAGACUCCACCCCUCUCAUCGGAUAACGCAUCCAACGAUGUCCAUGUAUCAUUUGUUGGACUUGGUCAUGCAGUAUUGCUGCUCCCAUGGUAUAGUUGACACAUAAAACUAUCAGAGAUUUGUAUUCUAUUAUAGUUUGAUUGAAUGCAUGUAAAAGUACAAACAUUUAAACAAAAGCAACUGCGUAGUUACAGUAUGUAAGGAAAAAUAACACAUUCAGAAUACACAGUAAUAUGUUUAUUUACAGUAGAUAACAUCCACAGUGGGGAGAAAUAAUACUACAAAAACAAGUCAUCUUACUCUUGUGUGAUGAAAUAUUUUUCCAAGUAAACAUGUUAUUUAAAGAAUGAUAAAAUAUUAGCACUCAUCCACCCCAGAUACUUUCUCAUAGCCAUAUAAUUACACCGACUCUGUGCACUCAGCAGGUGAAGGCUCACCACACCAAAUGCAUAUUUGGCCAAUUAGUAUUUCAGAUGAAUGUAAGAGUCACCAGUCAGCACCGAGCAUGUUUCUAAUGCUGGCUGCUGCGUCGGCACCAAAGAACCAAAGCACCGUUUUCUCCAAAUCCGAUGUUCGGCCUCCUGGCGCGAACAGAGGUUUCUCUUCCCUGCUGGGGGCACAUGUACGCUUUGACUGCUUUUUACUUGUAAGUGCAACCAUCAAUUAUGUAUUUGCUAACAACUGCAACACAAUAAUGUAAUAUUCUGUCUUCAGAUUUGUUUAUGCACAUUUUAUUGUUGCCAUAAUUGACUCUUGCUGUAUGGAUGAAAAAAAAAAAUCUGAAUAAAACAAUAUUUGAUUUGCUCAUGCAA